AUGACAGUCAAUCAGGCACUUGAUGACUUUAAAUGUAAAGAUGUUCAAUUUGAUUUACAAUACAGUGUCAGCAUGCCACCUGAAUGGCCUCAAAGUCCAGUUUACACCAGUCCAGUUUACACCAGUCCAGAUUACACCAGUCCAGUUUACACCAGUCCAGUUUACUCCAGUCCAAAUUACGCCAGUCCAGUUUACUCCAGUCCAGUUUACUCCAGUCCAGUUUACUCCAGUCCAGAUUACACCAGUCCAGAUUACACCAGUCCAGUUUACACCAGUCCAGUUUACUCCAGUCCAGAUUACACCAGUCCAGAUUACUCCAGUCCAGUUUACACCAGUCCAGUUUACACCAGUCCAGUUUACACCAGUCCAGUUUACUCCAGUCCAGAUUACAUCAGUCCAGAUUACUCCAGUCCAGAUUACAUCAGUCCAGUUUACACCAGUCCAGUUUACUCCAGUCCAGUUUACUCCAGUCCAGAUUACACCAGUCCAGAUUACUCCAGUCCAGUUUACACCAGUCCAGUUUACACCAGUCCAGUUUACUCCAGUCCAGAUUACACCAGUCCAGAUUACUCCAGUCCAGUUUACACCAGUCCAGUUUACUUCAGUCCAGUUUACUCCAGUCCAGUUUACACCAGUCCAGUUUACACCAGUCCAGUUUACACCAGUCCAGUUUACACCAGUCCAGUUUACACCAGUCCAGUUUACACCAGUCCAGUUUACACCAGUCCAGUUUACACCAGUCCAGUUUACACCAGUCCAGUUUACACCAGUCCAGUUUACACCAGUCCAGUUUACACCAGUCCAGUUUACACCAGUCCAGUUUACACCAGUCCAGUUUACACCAGUCCAGUUUACACCAGUCCAGUUUACACCAGUCCAGUUUACACCAGUCCAGUUUACACCAGUCCAGUUUACACCAGUCCAGUUUACUUCAGUCCAGUUUACUCCAGUCUAGAUUACACCAGUCCAGAUUACUCCAGUCCAGUUUACUCCAGUCCAAAUUACUGCGGUCCAGCUUUACUCAGCUUUGCUAGCCCUGCUCGCCACUGCCAUUCACCUUCUCAUUGUAUUUCUAUUCACACACCGCUUCCCUUCUGUGUUUAUUGCUGA